AUGCCCUACUACGAGAGGCUACGACGCGACCUGCGCGAAUCGCUGAACAAGAAGCGCCUGAUCGAUAACAACCUGCUACAACUCGAAGAUAACAUCUUGCGAGUCGAGACACAAUACCUCGAAGAGACGAGCGCCGGGAAUAUCAUCAAGGGCUUCGAUAACUAUAUCAAGGGCGCAGCAACCACCACGACAGCAGGGGGAGCAGGCACUGCAACCAGGCGCAAGGCUCCCAUCAGUGAUGCGGACCGCAUCUUCAGCCGGAGCUCUACAAGCUUCUUGAGAGUAUCUAGAGAUACGAUGCUGAUUGCUCUACAGGAAUCGUCGACGCCAGGCUCUGCGACGCCAUCGCACGCUCCUACGCCAACUUCUUCCUUCCCUACGCGCGAGUCGAGUCAACCUACAAACGGCGCGAGACCAGGAGGCAGUAAGAAGAAGAAGGCAGCCGACGAUGAUGACGAGGACAGCAACAAGACGAAGCGACAGAAGAUCUCCUACGGCCGCGAGUGA